AUGGGUCUACUGAACUCUGCGGAUAAGGACCAAAUUAAGAGGGCACUGCCUAAAUCUUCAAAUAAGAUCAUUGAUGUCGCUAUAGCGAGACUUUACAUUGCAUAUCCCAAUCCUAAUGAAUGGCAAUAUACGGGACUAUCUGGAGCAGUCGUUUUAGUUGACGAUCUAGUUGGCCAUACGUUUUUCUUAAAGUUGGUGGAUAUCAAAGGACAUAGAGGUGUUUUAUGGGAUCACGAAUUAUACGUUAACUUUGAAUACUACCAAGAUCGAACCUUUUUUCAUGCAUUCGAGAUCGAAGAUUGUUAUGCUGGUCUCUUAUUCGAAGAUUUGAAUGAAGCUUCACAUUUCUUAAAAAGGGUCCAUAAACGUGAGAAAUAUGCAUCAAAGAAGACUUUAUCUAAUAAGAACGCAAUUGCAUUGACCAAGAAAGUGAACGAAGAGAGGGCAAAUACUGUGGUGAAAGGUCCUCGAGGAGAAUCUUUAUAUGGUAAUCAGCGUGAGAGAUACAAUUAUGAUAAUGCUGAAUCAAUCCCAAUAGUAAAGCAUAAGGCACCACCACCUCCACCACCUGUAGCGCCUGCUCCAGAAUCGAGUGAUGAAGAAUCUGUCGAAGACACGGUUUCGGACUGGACUUCUUCGGCACCUGCAACGGCGCCAGCUACGCCAGCACCACAUAUAUCGGCACCAGAAACCCCAGUAGCCUCUUCAGCAUCAUCACAACCAAGGGCAAAACAUCCUAUACCUCCUCCUCCACCCGCCUCAUUGGUUCCUCCGGCUCCUGUUCAGGCAGCUCCAGCAGUACCAACUUCUCCGGCUCCACCAGCUCCGCCUGCUCCACUUGCUCCACCAGCACAAUCGGCACCAGCAGCGGCUCCACCGGGUGCUCAAACUCCACAAUCCCCGACAUUACCUCGUAGGAAUAAUAACCCAUUCCCAUUCCCCGUGCCACAGCCAACCGCAUCUCAACAAACCAAUCCAUUUCCAUUCCCAGUACCUCAGCAAUCGACACCUAUGUCACCGCCGCCUCAAAGCACACCAUUCCCAGUACCUGCACAAACACAACCGUCGUUGCCAGCUUUCAACAGGCCUGUUCCAGCACCACCUAAUAGAAAUAGUCGCCCUGUGCCAGCUCCUCCAAAUAGGAUGGGAAGGAACCCACCACCGGUGCCACCUUCGAGACAUGGUCAGGCUCCUCCACCUUCCCCACACAGACGUAUAACGCCACAGUUGACCACGCCAGGUGGAUUGCAAACUCAGACAACAGGUAGAGCACCAGCUCCACCUCCGCCUAGACGCGGUCCAGCUCCUCCCCCUCCUCCAAGAGCAGCAAGAACCCAGCAAUUCCCACAACAAUCACCUCGCCCUGCAGAAGUAACAUUUCCGCUUCAAGGUCAAUAUCAAUCACCUCCACCACCUCCAACACCACCAACUACGUUCAACAGUUUACCAGCGGCAACAAAUAAUGUAGCAUCACCACCACCACCGCCACCAAUGCCUGUGCAGAACACGGCAGCUGUCCCACCUCCACCACCUCCAAUGCCUGUGCAAAACACGGCAGCUGCACCACCUCCACCACCUCCACCUAUGCCAGCUCAAAAUUCAGCUGCACCACCACCGCCACCUCCCUUCAUGGCCCAACCACAAGCUACUCCAGCUGCGCCACAGAGUACUUUCGUUGAAGCUACUGGUGAUUCUGGUCGUGACGCUUUACUAGCAUCGAUUAGAGGUGCAGGUGGUAUAGGAGCUCUACGGAAAGUCGACAAAUCACAACUUGAUCGACCAUCAGUAUUAUUACAAGAAGCACAUGGCCAGCCAGCUCAACCAACGACAAAUUCAUCGGGCCCUCCACCACCUGGAGGUGGUUCGUUAGCAGACGCACUGGCUGCAGCAUUGAGUCAAAGGAAAGCCAAAGUUGGUUCAGAUGACUAUGAUAAUGGCGAUGAUUGGUAA